UAAGAGAGUAAUAAAAAUAAAUAAAUGGAUCUACAGGUGUAUUUAGUCUUUUGUUAACAUUCGACCGGUCCAUUACGUUUAAAAGCUUUUGAUUUUUUAGCACAACACAAUGUCCAUUUCCAAGCCUCUUUACUCCCUUUUCGGUACUUAUCUGGAACAACUUUUCAACCAUCCAGUGCGUACGAAGUCCAUAACGGCGUCAGUCUUAGCUACCACAGCUAAUGUUACAUCCCAGCGUCUGGCGGGAGCGAAAAAACUCAACCAGCACAGUGUGUUUGCGUAUGGACUUUAUGGAUUUAUCUUUGGUGGCAGUGUACCCCACUAUUUUUAUCAAACCGUUGAGCGGCUUUUCGAUGAUGAUGUUCGUUUUAGGCGUUUCUUCUUGUUCUUGUCGGAACGUUUAGUCUAUGCUCCGAUCUAUCAGGUUCUUUCCUUAUACUUCCUCUCUUUAUUCGAGGGUAAUUCACAUAGCACAGCCGUAAAGAAUGUGGAAAAACUAUAUUGGCCACUACUGCGUGCCAAUUGGCAAUAUUUAUCUUUGUUUGUCUAUCUAAAUAUGGCUUAUGUACCACCCAUGUUCCGAUCUAUAUUCAUGGGAAUCAUAUCCUUUAUUUGGGUGGUGUACAUUGCCCAGAAACGCCGACGGUUCCAAGAGAAACAGGCCGCCGAGAAAUCGAAAUAGUUUGGUUAUUGAUGGACCCGAAGACUUUACCCCACAUGCAUUUGUGUUGUUCGUGGGGCUGAUAACUGAUUCCACUUGGACUCUUUGAAACGCUUUUAUCUACAUUUUGUUAGUUUCGAGAGAAAUAUUUUGCUUAGUAGAUUAGGUUGAUUGCAAAAUUAUAUUGUUACGAGUGUAUGUGUGUGUGUUAGAGCUUAAGAUAAGCAAUAUUUUGACUAAAUGCGCGUCUUAUUGUCAUUAAAUCCUAAAAAAUUUUUAUUACACUUUAUAAUAAAUGAAUGCCGUUUACUAUUAAA